UAAACUUCUAUUUACGUCUCUCUUCUCUGGUGUAGAGCAACUGUAUUUGUUCGUGUUUAACCUUACUGGGCCUCUUCAUCUGGUUUAGUAAUAACGUGAAAAGUUUCAUUUUUAAAAACAAUUAAAUUAAUUACUGCUCGAAAUAUUUCAGUGAGCAUUUAAGAAAGAAUUUUAUUUUAGAUAUCAUUUUGUUAUCUUAAAGUGUUAAAAAUGGCCAGCGACGAAGCAUUAUUUGAUAUCCCUGAUGAACCCAGUCGAAUUGAGCGAAUUAUCAGAGGUGUAAAGAAAAAUCCUACUGUUGCCUUGGGAUAUGGAGGAUGCUUAGCAGUAGCUGCAUAUGGUAUUUAUAAUUUUAAAAAUCGCAAAGAUGGAAUAAGGCCCUCACUUUAUUUUAUCCAACUUCGAGUUGUUGCUCAGACUGUUGCUAUUGGAACUAUCACGUUAGGAGCAACAUGGAACAUGAUAAACCAUUUUGUAUUGAAUCCAAAGAAGAAGCCUGAAGUUAAACAUUAAUAAAUAAAAGAUUCAUAUUAAAUGGACUUUUAAAAGAACUUUAUUUGUAAUUAGAUCAAUUUAUUAUCUAUGUAAUGAGUUAGAUAUUAUAUGGUACAAUUAAUUUAUUUCUUGUAAUUUAAAAUGAUAUUAAUACAAAAUUUCUAUAGUUAAAACUACCUCAGUCAGUAUACUCAAGUAUGCUUAAUAAUUGUAACAUACAUAGAAUGUAAAAAAAUAUAUUUCAGAUGGGUUGUAAUGACCUUGAAUAAAUGAUAUUUUUUGUAAAUAA